CAUUUUACUUACUUAACCCUGGUUGCUAGUUGAAGGAAAAAUUUGGUGUAUGAUCCAACAACUGAUCCAAAUAAAUCGCGCAGUCUGAAUGGUUUUUUACUUUUAAUCUAAAAAAAUGACAUUUGAGGAAAUGAUUUUGUAGUUUAGUUCGGCGAUUUUGCUUCGGAUUUCAAAAUAAGAAAUGGAAGCCGACUAUCAACCGACGCCAAGUCGCCAAGUUUUGACAGUAACGGCAGUUGAUACUGAAGAUCCAUAUCCCAGUUUAUCAGAUUAUCAUGACUAUGAACCAAAUUUGGAAUUUGAUGACACUGAAUUACAAGCUACGACGACAAAUGCAGCAAAACUUUUGGAGCAAGGUUUAGAUUUAAAUGCAAGUGGAGUUGGUACAAGUAUAGACUACUUAGAGAGUCCAGUUAGUGAUGGAACUAUUGAAGAGAAUUUUGAAGAAGCUCUCGUAGAUGCGCCCGUUAUUGAAACUGCCGCUGAUCUUGCAGCCCUUGAUAGAGAACUGGCAGAUGAGGAAGAUUAUUUAGAUAUUUCUAAACAUGGUAUAGUUGAAGUAGUUGGUGAUGAUAGCGCUGGACGAAAAAUAAUUGUUGUCUCUGCUUGUAAAUUGCCACCCGUUAAUAAAGAAGCAUUUAAUCAUGCUAAACUUCUAAGAUAUCUUACUCACACAUUGGACACGUUUGUUGAACAAGAUUAUAGUUUAGUUUAUUUUCACUAUGGUCUUACGUCAAAGAAUAAACCACCAUUAUCAUGGUUAUGGCAAGCAUAUAAAGCAUUCGAUAGAAAGUAUAAAAAAAAUUUAAAGGCCCUUUAUUUAGUACAUCCAACGAAUUUUAUUAGAAUUGUUUGGCAAAUAUUUAAACCUGCAAUCAGUGCAAAGUUUGGUCGAAAGAUGAUGUAUGUCAACUAUUUAGAAGAAUUAGCACAAUACAUUAAUCUAGAUCAAUUAAUCAUUCCAUCUCAAGUGAUAGAACACGAUGAGCAAUUAAUGAAUAAGCAUAAAAAGAAUUUAUCUAAAUUACCAUCACCUAGUGGAAUAGUAUCACCAGUUUGUACAACACAAUUUGGUGCAAGUCUUCAAUUUAUUAAAGAAAAUAAUGGUGGCGAUCCUAUACCACCAAUUGUUCGUCAAUGUAUUGAUUUUCUUAAAACACCAGAAGUUUUAGAGACAGAAGGAAUAUUUAGAAGGUCUGCUAAUGUAGUAGUGAUUAAGGAGCUUCAAAAUCGUUGCAAUCAAGGUUUACCUGUUGAUUUUCAAGGUGAUCCUCAUAUAGCAGCAGUUCUUCUCAAAACUUUCUUACGAGAAUUGGACGAACCUCUCAUGACUUAUGAUCUCUACGAUGAAAUUACACAAUUUCAAACUUUAGCGAAAGAUGAAAGACCACGAAGAGUGAAGAUUUUAAUUCUCGAAAAACUUCCUCUUGACAAUUAUCAACUUUUAAAAUAUAUUGUGCAGUUCUUGUCAAAGGUGAUGGACAGAUGUGAUCUCAAUAAAAUGACAUCGAGUAAUCUUGCUGUUGUUUUUGGUCCAAAUUUAGUCCGUGCGCCUCCCUCAAAAGGAAUGUCAUUAUCUGCAAUAGGUCCCAUUAAUCAAUUCAUUGAUUUUGUCUUUACUUAUCAAGAUAAAAUAUUCAUUAUUUAAAAAUUUACUUACAAGUCCUAAGAAUUAAAUGCAAGUUGGAACAAAGUGAAA